AUGGCAACAGCCACACCUACGCCCACCCAUCCUCCUGAAAUACACAAUGGAACCACAACGUCCUGGUUCCCUCUAACAACUGCCUUCCCCUCCUCUGUCGGCUGCGAGUCCUCUUUCUGGAUGGAAACGCCCCCGACCAUCGCCGCCUGGGACCCCGGGUACGGAUUAUACGUGCAACCGGGUCUGGAAUGCCAGCCGCCAGAGGUAACGACUUGGUGGGAUGAGAACAAGACCCCGAAUAUCAACACCACAGCGACGAAGUACAGUAUUGGACCGAUCGUGUGUCCGUCAGCGUAUACAACGGCGAAGACAAGCGUGAAUCAGCGUGGGAGUACUGGAUAUAGCUUCUUCGAGUUCCUCGAUGGCGGCGUGGGUGACGAAUGCAUGUCGCCGCUGAGUGCGAGCCAGGUUAUUGCGUAUGCAACGCAAGACUCGUCGUGGAUUACCACGUCGUCGACAAUACAUGCUGCGAGCUUCGUGGUGGGCGUGCAGGUGAAUGGCUGGCUGUUUCCGACAGAGACGGCGACUACUACUCAACCUUCUCAGCCUACUCAACAUGCUCAAACUGCUCAAACCACGGCCCAGUCUACCCAGACAGCAGCAAUUAGCGACCUUUCACACGGCGCCAUCGCGGGGAUAAGCGUGGGAGUUGCGGCGGCAGCUAUAAUGAUAGCAGCAGGUGCGGGGGUUUUCUUUCUACGACGCAGAAAGAAUAGGCAGUACACCGUGGAUGAUGGUCUCAAUGGCGAAAACCCACAGAAAAACGAAGUGGACUCGGUGGCUCUCCAUGAGGUACCAUCAGACCUUGGCAUCAGAGAAUUACAUGAGAAUGGCACGCACGAACUUCCGAUUGAAACGUAUACGAGAUGA